GGAUGACGGGAAGGCGGAUCCGGGAGUGGGAGGAGUUGGGAGCUGUGAGGUGUUGUUGCCGCUUCCUGGGUUCGGGAUUACCUGGCGAGUGGAGCUGCGGGAAUCUCUGCGGUGACCGGCCGUACAAGUGGCGGAGAGCACGGGCUAUACCGGGCACCGACAUGAGUGACCCCUCCGAGCUGUGCGGCCCGGGAGAAGGGGACAAGGUGUAAUUUUUCUCCUGUAACCAAGACUUUCCACCAUGGAACCUGAAAUUAUUCGAAUGUAUUCCUCAUCCCCACCUCCUCUCGACAGUGUUGCAGAUGAUGACGACGAUGACGGGUUUGGAGAAUUUGGAGGCUUUUCUGACGUCAACAGCUCUGGAAUUGGGUUUGCCAACUUUGACACAGUCAGUUAUCCGAAGACUAGAGAGGACUUUAUACCAUCGAAACAUUUCUUACCGAUACACGAUUUCUCGGAUAACGUAAAUGACUUCUCUAGCCUUACCUCCAUCACAGCCAAUGAGAACAUCUCUGAGAUUGGUAUUUCGAAGAAGGGACCUUGUUCUGUGUUUGAGACUAACAUCAACCAUGACACCACCCAAUUCAACGUUGCUGCACUUGAUAAUAAAGGGAGCUCAGGGGAGAACGCAAAAUAUAUAAACUCAGAGACCCAACUUACUUGUAAUGAUAAUGAUCAUUUUAUAAGUAGAAGUCAGGAACAAAUAGCUAGUACAUGCAAUGGUGAGAAAAUAAACAGCCUGGAAAAUCUCACGAAUGGGUUUGCAGUGGCAGAUAGCGACAACCCUCAGGGAUUACAAGAUCUUGACCGAAUGGGACAUUCAAAAGGAUUUAAGUCAACCAGUUCUCAAAGUACAGAUUUAAGUAUAGACUUUUCACCACCGAGCCCCAGAGAUGCGUUUGCUGACUUUGCUACAUUUUCAAGCAAGGACCAUGUAGACAUAGAUGAGGUACAUUUGGAACCAUCGAAAGGUUCACAUGAAGGACAGGCUCAAAGUAUUAACCUUAGCACUGAAUCAAGUAGAUUUGAACAUGGCGGUGUCUCAGCUGCCAUGGAAGAACUAAAAGACCCAUUUCCUCGAGAAGAAAUUGAAGAGCCUGAUACAUUAACAUUAAGCAGUGUUCUUCCUCCUGAAACAAAGUCAGAUAUGACAGAAUCCGAAAUUUCUGAUAGUAUGCAUUCACUGGAUACCAAAAAUAGUAGAAAAGAGGAAGAACAGACUAUUAAUACAAUAGAUCCUCCUCAUAAUGAGUCUCUGGAAACAUCAAAAGAUGUUAGAAAGAUAGAACUUGAUUCCGAUAUUGAAAGUGGACAUGACGUGAAUGUUCCUCACGAGCCAGAGUUUGAUGCUUUUGGAGAUGUUGAUGCUGCUCUUCCUGUGACAGACAGUGUCACGUUGGAUAAAAAACAUGUUCAUGAACCUUUAGAACUGCCCUCGAAUGUGAUGGAGGGAAAUGAGAAUGACUUUGGUAGUUUUGAGGAUACAACUUUAUCUUUCCAGGAGGACCAGGCGGUGCCUUCAGAAAAGUUGUCUUCUGAAGACAAGACAUCUCAACAGUGGGCUUCUGAGGAACCAGAUGAGUUUAGGGAGUUUGGAAGCUUUGUAUCUUUGGCGAAAAAAGAGGAGUCGAGUGUUACACAGGACUCAGAUGACUUUGCUGAUUUCAGUACGGCAGGUAGUAUUCUGCAGCCUUCAGACUGGAAUGCAUUUGAGGAUGAUCAGAAGGGAAGUGCUGCUUCUUGGGCUGCCUUUGGAGAUCCGGAGAUAGAGCAUUCUACAGAGUCUGAUGAUUGGCAGUCAUUUAGGACAGACAUUCCCUCUAGCACUAAUGAGCAGGUUGUAGACACACAAAGCAUCGACCUCCCGGCAGUUCAGGAACCUGAAACAAUGCUUGCUUGUGAAGAUUCAACAAUUGCCUUUCAGAAUCCAUUACUGAGUCGUCUAGAAAGAGUCAUCCUCGCCUGCUUCCCUCCUCCUCCUGUUGCUGAAAUCGAUGAGAAGAUUUCACCUCUAGAUCUUCUGUUAUGCACAGAGCAGCAGGAGGAGACCUCAAAGUCCAGGUCUUCUGCCAGCUUACACACAGAAGUGCUGGACAUAUGGAGCGAGCUGCAGGAUAUUCAUGAUGCCUACGGACUGAAGCACCAGUGGGGAGGAUCUCACAGCAACAAAAAGCUCCUGCGCUCCCUAGGAAUCGACACAAGGAACAUACUCUUUACAGGCAAUAAGAAGCAGCCUGUUAUCGUUCCCAUGUAUGCAGCGGGUCUGGGUAUGCUGGAGCCGACCAAGGAACCUCUCAAGCCUUUAUCUGCUGCAGAAAAGAUAGCAUCAAUAGCGCAGUCGUCUCCUGUUCCUCCAGAUGAGAGUAUUUGUUCUUCUGACCAGUUACAGGAAUCCCUCCCACCUGUCCAGUUUGACUGGAGUAGCAGCGGCCUUACCAACCCCUUAGAUGCUAGUGGAGGGUCUACUCUUCUGAAUCUUGAUUUCUUUGGACCCGUGGAUGACAGUGGCUUUAACAGCACCACCACUAUCCCAGGUGUGGAUCCCGAGCUGUACGCACUGACGACGGCGAAGGUGGAGUGCUCCAGUGCCAGCAGCAAGGCGACUGAUGCAUUUGCAAGACUGAUGUCCACAGCAGAAACCACAAGCACAUCGGCAAGGAAACCUAGAAGGGACGAGAACCUCAGUGAAGAGGCCGCGAAGGUCAUCGCCAGCCUCCCUGACCUAUCCUUCAUGCAUGCUAAGGUGUUGAUGUUCCCAGUCUCUUUAACACCUCUAACAAGUUGUCAAGAUAAGGUUGACUGAUGACACAAAAACUAAGGAGAAAAAAAAAAAUAUCAAAGAAUCCAAAAUGCAUUGGAUGUUUUAUAUCCAAACUUUUUGAAGAGGACGAACGUGUUCUUGCUUUUUUUUUUUUUUUUUUUUUUUUUUUUUUAUAAAAUCACUUGGGCUGAUUUGUCGGUAAGCAGCACUAUAAAGGGUAUAUACACUCUGAUGUAUAUUUCAACACUGAAUACUUCAUUUAUAUGAAAAAUCUUCAAAUUAGUUUGUAUAUAAAGGCAAGAGGAAAUGUUUUUUCUUUUCUUUGAUGUGCUGGGUACAUACACUGGUGGAUCCUUUCUUACAAAAAAAUCAAAAACAGACAAAAGUGAACAUGCAAAACCUUCACUGCCUGUGAGCCUGUCGUGGUGACUUUUUUGUUUUCUUCCGCUCCCGGUUGUAUUGAAGUUGUUGUAUUGUUACAUCUCAAUGUUCAGUGUUGUUUCUUUUGUGUGUUAACUUAACUUGAAGUAAGAUGGAGCUGAAUCUGGCUUUAGGAGCAUUAAACCCUGUAGGUCUUUUAGGUGUCCUCUUCUGUAAAGACAUUAGGCAGGGUUCACAUCUGCGGCAUGCUGAUCCGGCACAUAUGCCAGGCAUCAGCUGGACCAAAGAUCGUUGCUUGCAACGGAUUUUGCCCAGCCAAAACCCAGUCCAUGGGGAUCCAGCAGUACACAGUUGUGUCCGGCAGUGCCUGACAUGGCUCACCAUGGCAGCCUGAUCCUUAUCCAGAUCAGAUUCCAGAACUGUUGCCUUACAAAGUCUUCUCCCUGGUUUACUAAUUAGUUUGGUUUCUGGGUAAGCUGGGUGACGACCAGUACGGCUGCCAUUAUUGGUCCCACUGAGGCUAUCCCAGACCCCUGAAUGGAAAACGUGCCUGGUUUAUAUAGUGAUGCUACCAAAUCGUUCUAUAACAAGGCAGGUUUUCUUAGAUUUUCUCUGAUAGGACGGUCCUACACCUUAUAUAGUUCUCAUUAGGACCAUUGAUAUGGAGAUGUGAAUGGAGCCAAGGAGGCCAUGCCUCCAUCACAUAAAAUGGGCAUGGCCUUACCGGUUUGACUCUGGUCUAUCGCACACUCACACUGGAUGAACUAAGUAAUACAGCUCGAGUACACGUACAAUACAGAUGACCAUGCGUACAUGAUGAUGUACUGCUUCAUAGGGCACAGAGAGCGGCACAUUGUCCCAAAGAUCCACAUUUACAACAAUGCUGCCCUCCCAAUCCAUAGAAUAGAUGUCAGCACUGAAGUUCUCCAGAAGUGGGUAUAUCCCCUGAUAUGUUUUAGGAAGGUUUCACACAGCGGUUUUAGCAAAAACUCUUUUUUUUUUUUUUUCUUUUUUUUGUCUUCCCAACAGGCAUACACCAUUGCCAGAUGAGAUGACUGUGAGGCAAUAGAAACUUUCGAAACGCACUACAAGUAUUUUUCUUGUUUUUUGGGGCAUUUUUUUGAGUACCUGCAUUUUAAUCAAAAAGUAAAAAAGCGAAAAAAAAAUUGUCGAAAAUGUGCGACAACAAAUUAUUUUUUUUAUUCAAAUAUUUUUGACGUGCUUCUUUAAUGCGUUUUACCAGUCCUGCAGAAAAGCCUAUGGUAAAACACGAUGUUUAACACACCUACGGAUUAUGUCAGCGCUAUAUAAGUGCGUAAAAUAAAUAAUAAUAAUAAUAAUAAAAAAAAACUGUAUUUUUGGCCCACUUCCAUUCUCCUUUUUUUUUUUGUGAUGGCCACAAAAAAUGUGGACAGCUCACAAAUAUCAUCCAUGUGCUGACUGCAUCAGUGCGGCCGUUCCGCAAGUUAUAGAACAUGUCCUAUUCUUGCCCAUUUGCAGACAAGAAUAGGCAUUUCUACAAUAGGGCCUAUGGCCUAUUCAUAUUUAGCGGAUCCGCCAUUUACGGCACAAAAAUCACAUAUACGUCUGUGCACGAGGACGGAGUCCGCAAAACUCGGAUCUGCAAAAAAAAAAAGCUGAUGGCAUCUGGUACAAUACAAAGUCAGUGGAUCCGCAAAAAACUGAGGAAAUGCGCUAAGCAGCACUUUUUGAUGGCGAAUAUACAUACCUAUUUUGGGUGGACUUAGCAGAGGAGGACACCUCAAGGACUUUAUUUCACAGGGGAUCUUUUUGGUGGUGAUGCUCUUUCAUCCUUUUCCUGCCAGAUGCAUUUUUGGCAUAAAGUUUGAAAUGUUUGCCAGGACAGGGUUUUACUACGACACAAAACCAUCCAUUUAUAAGCAUCCAUCUGUCUGUCCUGCUCCGUUUUGUUUGUGUGUUUAAAAAUACGAUUGCAGAUUUCUGGGGCAUAAUCGGCUUGAUUUGGGUUAAGAAGGACCAAACUAAUAUGAAUGUGUUGAUGAUUACUGUUCUUAUUUAGUUUUAUUUGUGUCUGUUGUUGUACCACUAUCCUUCUGAUUUGCACAGUGUAAAAAUAAAAAAAGGCAUAAUCAUAGGUUGCUAUGGUUUAGGCUGUACAUACAUUGAAGACUUUGGGAUGUAAAUUUAUGGGAAAUUCCUAUGGAAAAAAACAAAAACAAAUUUGAUCUGUAGCAGCAAGGUCCAAGUGCAUGCCCAAGUUCUUUUGAAAUGUAAGCGUGUACAUUUUCUUUUAACUUACACAGAAAUAAAAAAAAAAAAUUUAAA